CCAAAAUCUGAAAUGCUCAAAACAUCUGAAACUUUGAGUGCUAACAUGAUACUAUGGCGACUAUCAAAAGGCAAUAGGAUCAUGGCAGCAGAUGAUGAGAAUGGUGAUGGAACAAGUUUGUUUGAUGUCUUUACUGCUUCUCCUCUUAAAAAUAAUGAUGAAGGUUCAUUGGACAUAUAUGCUGGGUUGGACAAUACUGUUUCUGAUAGCGCUUCCAAAUCCUGUGUACCAUCCCGAAAUUGUUUGGAUUUAUAUGAAGAGAUUCUGACUGAAGAAGGAACUGCAAAGGAGGCAACAUAUAAUGAAUUGCAGGUAGAAUAUGGAAAAUGUCAGCUGCAAAUGAAAGAGCUGAUGAAAAAGUUUAAGGAAAUACAGACACAGAAUUUCAGCUUAAAAAAUGAAAACCAGUCUCUUAAGAAGAAUAUUUCAGCACUUAUCAAAACUGCCAGAGUGGAAAUAAACCGUAAGGAUGAAGAAAUAAAUAAUCUUCACCAAAGAUUGUCUGAGUUUCCACAUUUUCGAAAUAAUCUUAAAACUGCAAGGACAUCAGAUACAGUUAAAACAAAAGAUCUUAAAUCUAGAUCUCCUCAUUUGGAUGAUUGUUCAAAGACUGAUCACAGAAUUAAAAAUGAUGGUUCUAAAGAUGUACAUCAUAGCACUUCACUGCCAAACCUGGAAAAGGAAGGAAAAUCAUAUUCUGAAAAAAAGAGCACUUUGCAUUUGCCUGCAUCUGUUGAGAAACACUGCACCAAUGGCAUCUGGUCACGUUCUCAUCACCAGGUUGGUGAGGGUAGCUCAAAUGAGGAUAAUAAAAGAGGGAGAAAGGAUAUUAGACAUAACCAGUAUAGCAAAGGAACUGAUAGACUACGAAAAGAUUUAAGUGCUAGCUGUGGUGUUGGCGAACCAAGGAACAUGGAGGCUAGUCAAAGGCUACAAGGGCGUCCUGAGAAAUAUAGUAAAGGUGAACCAAAGGCUGAAAGCAGAACUUCAAAGUUUAAAAGUAACACAGAUUUGGAUUAUAAAAGCGAACGCAUUAAUUCUUCUUGGGAGAAAGAGACUUCUAGAGAAAGGCCACACACUCGAGUGGAAUCUCAAAGUGACAAAAAACUAGAAAGACAAAGUGAAAGAUCACAAAAUACAAAUAGGAAAGAAUUUAAACCACAAGAUAAAGAAGAAAGAAGAGUUGAUUUGAAACCUAAAUCAGUAUUGAAGGAUCAGGAUCAUUGGAGAAGAUCUGAACGAGCAUCAUUUCCUUAUUCCAAGAAUGAAAUUACAAAAUCUCAUAAUUCAAGUAAAUACCAUCUAGAAGAAAGAAGAGGAAGGGAAGAUUGUAAAAGAGAAAGGAGUAUAAACAGUCAUAGUUUUCAGGAUGGAAGAUGUUCAUCUUUUCUUUCAAGCAGUAGAACUCACAAACAUAUUGACUCCAAAGAAGGUGAUACUAUGCACCAAUGGGAAAAUCCACCUUUAAAAGCAGAAAGGCAUAGAACUGAAGAUAAGAGGAAAAGGGAACGAGAAAGCAAAGAAGAAAAUAGGCAUAUGAGAAAUGAAAAAAACCCUACAGAACAUUUGCAGAAGACUAACAAAGAAAUUAAGAAAACCACUACCAAUUUAAAGAGACAGAAUGAGCCAACAAAUGAUAAAGGUGACAUCUCUAACGAAAUUUCUAAAGGAACAGAUAAUAGAGAUCUUUCAGUGAAAGCUGAGAGUGGUCCAAAUGAAACAAAAAACAAAGACUUAAAGUUGAGUUUUAUGGAAAAAUUAAAUUUAACUCUUUCUCCUGCAAAAAAGCAGCCUGUUUCUCAAGAUAAUCAUCAUAAAAUAAUUGAUACUCCUAAGUCCAGUGAUGGGAGUGAUUUGGAGUCCAUAGUGCAAGCUAAAACAGCAACAUGUGUUCCUUCUGUCAAUGAAGGUAUCACAGAGGAAACCAAAUCCAAGUUAAUAGAACCAAAGGAUGCUGAACCCAAGAUCAGUAUUAUAGAAAGCAAAAUGGAAGAAGAAAAUAGUUUGUUAGUUAAAUCUGUGGAGAAUGCUGGGCAUUGCGAAUUACCUGUUUAUGGUGCAGAGAUUUCUUUCUCAACACCUGUGGAAAUGGAACAAACAGAAUCCUUGUUUCCGUCAUCAGCAGAAAUGAUACAGACUAUUGAUGUUACUAGAGCAGCAGCUCCUGUGGUAAUGGGUGUAUUACAAACAGAUGUUUCUCCAAAUUUUGCCCUGGAAUCAAAUACCAAAAAAAAUGAUGGCUUAAAUUCUUGUGAUACUUCUGAGGGUGUGGAAAUGAAGGCAGCUAUUUCAGUGAAAGUGGCUGAAACCAGUGAAAGCAUUUUACAGCCUUCAGUUAAAGAAGCUGGCAUUUUGCCAACAACCUUCUCAGAAGAUAAUAACCCCAAAUUUGAACCUUCACUUGUAGAAACACCACAAGUUGAAAAUAAGUCUUGUCAUUUGGAGACUUGCUUACCUAAGGAGACUCUACAAUCUUCACUUCCACAGGCUGAGUUGAUGGACCAUAGAGUGGAAACUGGUGAAACUAACUCAUUAUAUCAUGAUGAUGAUAACUCCGUUUUGAGUAUUGACCUUAAUCAUCUGAGACCUAUUCCAGAAGCCAUAAGUCCUCUGAAUAGUCCAGUGAGACCUGUAGCAAAAGUUCUUAGAAUGGAAAGCCCAUCCCGAGUUCCAUUAUGUAACAGUCCUAAAGAUGUAUAUCCACCAAAUUCAACUCAUCCUACCUCCAAGAAUCACUCAGAUCUCAAUAAGGAAAACCAGAAGCCAAUUCGAAAAUCUGACAGAUAUGCAGAGGAAGACUUCCGUAAAACUUCAUCUUUAGAUGAAUUAGAAGAAGGAGAAAUUAUAAGUGACAGUGAAAUAUCUAAACCACAAAAAGGUUUUGAAAAAUCUGCCAAGCCUAGAGCUUCUGCCGAAAUGCAGAACACACGGACUAGGCCAAGAAGUAGAAAAAGUACUGUGCAUUUGGCUAAAGACAAUAGGAAAACAUCUGUAAAUACCCAUCAGAACAACAGCAAGUGGAAUAAAAGACCAAGUGAAUCUAGCAGAUCUUCAAAAACAGAGAAGAAAGAUAAAACAAUGAGCACGUCCAGCUUGGAGAAAAUAGUUCCAAUUAUUGCUGCACCCUCUUCUAUACGAGAGAUUAUGCACAUGUUACGAAUGAUAAGAAAACAUGUAAGAAAAAAUUACAUGAAAUUCAAGGUCAAAUUUUCAUUAAUACAAUUUCAUAGAAUUAUUGAAUCAGCAAUUUUGAGUUUUACAUCACUAAUUAAACACCUCGACUUAUCCAAAAUCUUUAAGUCAGUGACUACUUUACAGAAGAAUCUCUGUGAUGUUAUAGAUUCUAAACUUAAGCAAGUUAAAAAGAAUGGUAUAGUUGAUCGUUUAUUCGAACAGCAACUACCAGAUAUGAAAAAAAAACUGUGGAAGUUUGUGGAUGAACAACUUGAUUAUUUGUUUGCAAAACUUAAGAAAAUUUUAGUAAAAUUUUGUGAUUCUGUAAACUUUGGAAGUGACAGUGAUGAAGGAAAACUUGAAAAAACAAGGAAAGAUAAAGCACAAUAUUCAAAUUGUGAGAAAGGGAAUAUGGACAACUCUAACAAAGCAUUGCUGAAAGAAAAAUCACCAAAAUCUGAAGAUUCUGUUCAUUGUAAGUCUUUACUGGGAUGUAAAAAAUCUGAGGAAAAACAGCAGGACCAAAGUAACUCCAGUAUUAACACAGUAAAGCAUGACAAAAAAAGUUUCAAUACCUGCUUUGAUAAGAUAAAGAACUCUCAGUGUGAAAAGCACUCCUUGGAACUGCCCUGCCCAAGCACCCCAAAGCCAGGAAAAACAGAGAGCAGUAUCAUAGAGGAUGUACAGACAACCCAGCAUGCAGCUCUGAAGCCAGAACGUAGUUUUGAAAUUCUUACUGAACAGCAAGCUUCUAGCCUUACUUUUAAUUUAGUGAGUGAUGCACAGAUGGGUGAAAUAUUUAAAAGUUUGUUGCAAGGUUCUGAUCUUUUGGACAGCAAUGUUACUUGUAAUGAAAAAAGUGAGUGGGAGUUAAAGACUCCAGAGAAACAGCUACUGGAGAGUCUUAAGUGUGAAUCCAUACCAGCUUGUACAACAGAAGAACUAGUUUCAGGGGUGGCUUCUCCAUGUCCUAAAAUUAUUAGUGAUGAUAACUGGUCCUUAUUAUCAUCUGAAAAAGGUCCAACUCUGUCUUCAGGGCUUUCGUUGCCAGUUCAUCCUGAUGUGUUAGAUGAAAGUUGUAUGUUUGAAGUGUCUACUAACAUAACUUUAAGUAAAGAUAAUGUGUGUAGUUCAGAAAAGAGUAAACCUUGCAUUUCUUCCAUACUUCUUGAAGAUCUAGCAGUCUCUUUAACAGUACCAUCACCUCUGAAGUCAGAUGGUCAUCUUAGUUUCUUAAAGCCUGAAGUUUUGUCUAGUUCAACUCCUGAAGAAGUUAUUAGUGCCCAUUUUAGUGAGGAUGCCUUACUUGAAGAAGAAGAUGCAUCUGAGCAAGAUAUUCAUUUAGCUCUGGAGUCUGAUAAUUCGAGUAGUAAAUCAAGUUGUUCUUCAUCAUGGACAAGCCGGUCUGUUGCUCCAGGCUUUCAGUACCACCCUAAUCUACCCAUGCAUGCUGUCAUAAUGGAAAAGUCCAACGAUCAUUUCAUUGUGAAAAUACGGCGUGCAGCACCUUCUACCUCCCCUGGUAUUACACAGAGUAUGGUGGCAGAUGAAUCAUUGGCAUCUUUGCCCAGAGUGGAAAAGGAAGCUGGUGAGGUAGCAGAGAAAGAAUAUAUCCCAUGUCAGGACACAGUUUUAAAAUCUGUGGAAGAAUUGGAAAAUUCCAACAAAAAUGUUGAUAGCAGUAAACCAACCUGUGAAGAACAGAACUCUAUGAUACAAACACAGGUUCCCGAUAUAUAUGAAUUUCUUAAAGAUGCUUCAGGUAAAGUGGAUCAUAGUGAUGGAGUAGCUGAUGAAUGUUUGAAGCUUCAUCAAGCAUGGGAACCAAAAGUGCCUGAAAGUAUUGAAGAAUUACCUUCAAUGGGAGAGAACCCACAUUCUGUUGAGGAUCAUCUUCAGAACACAUACAUAGACCUAACAAAAGAGCCGGUCACUGAGACCAAAAACUUGGGGGAGUUCAUAGAAGUAACAGUGUUAAAUAUGAAUCAGUUGGAAUGUCCUGGAGACAAUAUAGAUCAAAAUGCUCAAACAUUAGAGAAUUCUUUGCAGCCUAAUCCUGUACAUGCUUUUAUUGAUUUGACACAAAAUACUUCAAGUGAGAGUAAAACUGAAGGUAACUGUCCUGCAUUAGCUGUUGAAAGCUUGGAGUGUCAGGUGAUAUGUGUAGAUGAAGAUAACUGUAAGGAAGAGGAGGUACACAAGGCAAAGAAGCCUUUGGAAUGCAUUGUUGAGGAAACCUGUGUUAAUUUGACCACAAAAUCUCCUAGUUCAUGUGAAAUUAAAAAGGAUGAUUUAAAAUCAGAGCCAACAUCAACUUCUGAUAGUUCAGAGUUACCUGGGACUUUGGAAAAUGCUCAAAAAAAGAGAAAAAACCUUUCUGAUCUGAAUCAUUCUCAGAAAAAACAAAGAAGGGAAAUAGACUUCAUCAGUAAGGAAAAGACUAAGAAACUUACCCAAGAUUCUGGUGAUAAUGGUGAAGUGCACCAAAAGAAAGCCAAAAAAAGGGCCUCUGCUGUGAAUAAAAAUCCUUCAUCAUUAAAGGCAAGCCCGGGAAUCAAGGACUCAACAGCAGCACAUGCCACUUUUCCUAUAAGCCUUUCUGCAAAGAAUGUUAUUAAAAAGAAAGGAGAAAUUAUAGUUUCAUGGACAAGAAAUGAUGACCGGGAAAUCUUACUAGAGUGUCAGAAAAGAGGGCCAUCAUUGAAAACAUUUACGUAUUUAGCUGUCAAGUUGAAUAAAAAUCCAAAUCAGGUUUCAGAAAGAUUCCAGCAGCUAAUGAAGCUCUUUGAAAAGUUAAAAUGCAGAUAAGAUGCUGAAUUCCUUGGAGUCUUAAUUGAUAUUGCAUACUACACAGAAGCUUCAAAUUCCUCAUGUUUUAAUGGGGAACUAGAGGGAGGUUUUACCCCAUUUUUGAUCAAUAGAUUUUUUAUUGCUUGCUGACUCUAUUUUCAGUAGCACGAUCAGCUUGUUCUAGUCAUCAGUCCAGUUUGCUUACCUGUUAUUGGUUGAAAUGUUUAUUUUUAAACAUGUUAGAACUUGGUAUCAAAAUGAAAGCAACAAUGAUGUACUAUUGAAAUAUUAAUUUUGAUAUUUCAGGGACAUGACUUUUGUUUUCUAAAAUUUUUAAAGGUUUUGUAAUGUUUUAAAUGACUGUUUAGUUCAAGUUUUCAUCCAUUUUUAUUUG